CAUAACUAAAGAAGAGAAGAGUGAGAUAAAAUCUUAGAGAGAGAGAGAGAGAGAGAGAGAGAGAGAGAGAGAAUGGUGGAGGUGGAAAUAGUGGAAUCAGAUGUAGUAGUUCCAAGUGAAGUGACCCCAAAUCACACUCUAUGGCUAUCAAAUCUCGACCUACUGGUGGCCAGGAGCCACACUCCAACGGUCUACUUCUACCGCCCCAACGGUCACAAUCCGGGCUUCUUUUCGGUGCAGGCACUCAAACAGUCCUUGGCCAAGGCACUUGUGAUUUUCUACCCGCUCGCCGGCCGGCUCCACGUGGGCCCGACUGGCCGCAUCGAGAUCCGGUGCACCGGUGAGGGGGCCCUCUUCGUCAUGGCACGAUCCAAAUCCGUGCUCGACGAGUUCGGGGACUUCGCGCCCUCCGCGGAGAUGCGGCGGCUUCUCGUGCCCAAAGCGGAGCCCGCCAACCCGCCUUGCAUCUUGGUCUUGGUUCAGGUAACGUUCUUCAAGUGCGGCGGCGUAUGUCUGGGCGUGGCGGUGCACCACACGGCCGCAGAUGGCCUCGGCGCCCUGCAUUUCGUCAACGCGUGGGCCGACAUUGCCCGCAGCGCCGAACUCCCCACGCCGCCCUUUCUCGACCGCACGCUCCUCCGCGCCCGUCGACCCCCCGCGGUGCUCUUCGACCACGCCGAGUACUCCCAGAACACGCGAUCCGCCGCCACGCCGCCCUUCGACUCCACAAUCCUGCGGCUCUCCAAAGACCAGCUCAAUUUCCUCAAGAGCACGGCCCUUGGCUCGCAAAAGCGACUCUCCACAUUCAAAGCGGUUGUUGCGCACGUGUGGCGGGCCGCGUGUGAGGCCCGGGGGCUUGGCGGCGCAGAAACUACCACUCUGUACAUGACGGCCGACGCGCGAACGCGUGUGAGCCCGCCGCUCCCGCAAAACUUUCUAGGCAAUGCCAUAUUCAGAACAUCCGCAACUGCGAAAGUGGAGGACGUACUAUCAAACUAUCUCGAAUUCGGAGGUGAAAGAAUUCAGGAAGCGACCGCGAGACUAAACGAUGGUUUCGUGAGGUCGCUGAUAGACUACCUGGAUUCGGUGGACGACGUUAGGGGGCUGCAGAAGGGGGCGUGGGCGAUGCCCGGGACGGAUCUGUGGGUCAUUAGCUGGCUGGGGCUGCCGAUCUACGAGGCUGACUUCGGGUGGGGGAGGCCGGUCUUUAUGGGCCGCGCUUGUUUACAAUUCGCCGGGCUGGUGUUUGUCAUGCACGGCCCCGAGGGCGACGGAGGGAUCUCCGUCGCCGUCGCCCUGGAGCCGGAGAACAUGCCCCGGUUCAAAGCGGUUUUCUACAAGGGUUUGGACGGAAAAGGGGGUGAAUCAUCCCCAGUCUAAUCCACCGUUCACACUGCUUUGAGAUUUGAAUACUGUACGUGAUUGGAUUGUUGAUUAGACUAUCUCCAAAUCCUACGGAUGGUAUUCUUAUGUUUGUUCUUUUUUCGUUUUUAUUUGGAACAGUUUGUGACAAUGUUCUUUUCUUGGGGCUUUUCCUUUCCAAUAAAUGUCUUUUCUGUUU